CCAUAUUUUUCUCUGAAAAUUUUUUUAAUAUUUAUAGAAUUUUUCCAAUCACAAUAAUUAGCCAUAUAAUGCGUCAAACUUUCGAAGUUAUAACAGCACAAUUGAGGUGGUGAUCAACUGUCACUUAAUGGGAUACAUUUGCUGUGAACCACACAAUGGCGUGGAGAAUUAGGAGUUUAUCACAUAAUGAGACUGGGAGUUGAAGUAGAUCUCUUACCUAGGGAGGUAAAGUGAAGGAGGUUCGCCCACGUGCAAAAUUACCGCCAGAGCCGAAGAUAGGGUAUUAAACACGUGGAGGUGGAUUAAUAACCUGUGGUGGAGACGGUGACGUUCGAUCAUGGCUGGAUCUGAUGGAUGAUGACCCCUCGGAUAGUUGUAUUGCAGAACAAGCCACGUGUUGCAUCUCCAAGUCCGAGAAAAUCUACGUAGGAAACGAUAACAACACAGUACAGAUUCUUACGUACCCAGACCUUGAGAAAUCUGGAAUAGUGACGCGCUUCUCCUCGACAGUCUCCUGCCUUGCCGCAACCCAAACCAGUAAUCUUCUCAUCUCUGGUAGCUGCGAUAUGCGUAUUCACGUAACGAACCUCGACACUUCUACUACAACAGAGUUGCAAGGUCAUGAAGCUCCAAUCUUGGCCGUAUCCCUAGAUCCGAAGGAGGAAUUUGUGGCGUCCUCCUCUGGAGAUGGUACCCUCCGCGUUUGGAGUAUCAAGGAUAAGAAGUCAAUCCAGAUUUGGAACGUAGUUCCAAAAUGCAAUUCUUUCUUCACAGCAAAAAUUCACUCAGUCCCUUCAUUCGAACCAACGGCAGGUAAAUACUUGGCCUACCCCUACGGUCUUGAGGUAAUCGUCACAGAAAGAGGUACCUGGAAGGAAUUAUUUAGAUUGACAUCCCCUAACCUUAAGCGAGACAUCAACAUCUGCAAAUUUUCGGAAUGUGGAACACGAUUGGCAGCUUCAUCGGUGAUAGGCGAAGUUAUUGUCUGGAACGUGGCGACUCGAAAAGAAAUCGGUGCUGUUGAACAUCAUCAAAAAUCAAAAAUAACCUGCUUAGUCUGGCACUUGAAAACUCCAACCGAGCUAACCUUUUGUGAUAGCUUGGGUCAAUUGGGUUCCAUUGAUGUUCCUCUGAUCGAGGAAGCUGUUAGCAAUUCCUCUGAACUGGCCACAAAUGGUCAGGAUAUGUAUGAGUCGGGACACCUAAACUGCAAAGAAGACGAUGAUGAUGAGAAUGUUAUUUCUCUAAGUAAACUGAAGGCAUCGAUCCUCGAGGAUGACGCGAAGAGUCAUUCAGAUGUCACGUCAGUUCAUGAAGAUAAACAAGUGUUAUCAGAUGUACACCUCCAAGAGCCCUUUCAGCCAGGAUCAACUCCAGUCCACCUUCUCUCUCGAUUUAUGAUGUGGAAUGAUGUAGGGAUAGUCAAAUGCUACAAAAGCGAAGAUGACGAGGACUCCAGCAUCGAAGUUGAGUUUCAUGAUACUUCUGUCCACCAUAGCAUGCACAUGAAUAACUAUCUUCGUCACACAAUGGCAGCAUUGUCCACAGAAGCCUUAGCUCUGAGUUGUCCAUCAAACGAUGAGGAGGGGAGUAAACUUCUAGUGAUAAUGCUACAGGUCUGGGACACAGGUAACAAAGAAUGGAACAUUGACCUUCCUGCAAACGAAGAAUCAAGGGCUGUGGCUGCUGGCAGUAACUUCGUUGCUCUUGCGACAUCCAAGAGAUAUUUGAGGUUUUUUAUGAUAACGGGGGUUCAGAGAGAGGUGGUAGCUAUCCCUGGGUCUAUCGUAGCCAUGAACGCUUUGGCGAACCAUCUGGUGGUAGCCUACCACAGUGGAGUCGGCAUUUCUAAUGAUCAGCAAAUGAGCAUAAUGUUGUUCCAGGUUCGUAGGGGUGAUAUCAAAUGCCAGACGAUUCCUCUGGCUCUUUCUCCGCAGACAGAACUCAUGUGGCUGGGCAUGACUGAUCAUUUAUCACCAGCUUCAAUGGAUGCUGAUGGGGUCCUCAGGAUUUACAGCACAAAGUCCAAUCUCUGGAGGGUGGCGGCCGACACUGGAAAUCAGAUCAAGGGCAAGAUAGAUCACUAUUUUAUUAUUGGGAUUAGCGAGAAGGAGAAGUCCAUUCGGUGUGUCUUAUGUAAAGGGAGUCACUACCCUGCUACCACACCCAGACCAACCGUUAUAGAAAUACCUUUUGAUCCGCCACUGUGUGAGAUAGACGUGGAUAGAACAAAAAAAGAAGCGGCUAUUUGGCAGAUUGGAAGCAGUCCCGAGGAUGAGGAUACAGCUCUGUUCACGCUCAUUGGAUACUUUUGCAGUCAUAAACUCGAGCAUUGUGUUGUUGAUCUCUGUCAGAAUGUCGCUAAACAAAGCUUAAUUGAGUUGGCUAUUAAGUAUGCCAUGAAGACAGAUCGGAUUGCAUUGGCAAAGAAAUUGCAAGCCAUUGCUGAAGCCAGGGUUGGAGCGUGGCCGGGUGUAAAGGAGAAUGAGGAUGUCGUCUCCCAGGAUAUGUUUCAAGGGAUAGAAGAGGAGGAGGACGAGAAGCAAGCGAUGGAGGAGGAGAUACUCUUGACACCGAUUGGAAGUAGAAAACCGGAAACGAUAGAAAUUAAACCGUUGAGUCUUAGUUUCAAGAGAGGGAAUCCAUUCUUGAAAAAACAGUCGACGGUUUCAUCUAAUGCACUUGAUGGAAUGAAUAUGCUCUCGGCCAAGUCGCCGAAAAAAACUCCAACAAUAACCGUUUUAAAACCAAAGUCAAAUCCAAAAUUACUGACUGAAAAAAAAAACACUUUCGUUUCCUGGUUCGAAAAGAAGAAACAAGAGCUGCAAGAAGAAUUCCCGCACCUGAGUCCACGUGACCUAACAAAGAUUGGAUUGGAGAGGUAUAAGUCAGAGUCUGAUUUCCAAGACUUUGAAACGAAGAAAAGAAAAUUGUCAGGCUCGGAGUCACCAAACAGUGAGGCAAAGAGACCUGCAAGUAAAUUGAUAGAUUUUGCCUUCAGGAAAGAUUAAACGGCAAGAAAUACUUGAUUCAUGUUUUGGUUUCUCAAGAAAAUUUUUUAAUGUUUGAGCUUUCGGUAUAUUUUCUGAUUAUGUAAUUAUCUAGUACGAAAUGAAUUUUUCCAAAAAAGUCUUA